UCCGCUUUUAUAGGUUAUAAUAAUUUUGAAAAAAACAUUGUCUCUUAAUGCGAGCGAUAUUGUGGUGAUCGCAGAUCAAACUUCUACCAUACACGACACUUUAUUUCAACCAACUCCUGCUCUUAAAGUGAUCCAAACGUGGAUACAAAUCAUAACAGAAAAUAGAUUAAUUAAGAACCUUUAAUAAAGUUUGAUUCAUUGUUUCAAGAAUGACUUCUUUCAAAUUUAAUUUCACCGGUGUUUCAGAUGGGUCCCAAGACAAAGAUGAUGAAGAAAUUGAAUGGUUUGGUAGUGAAGAAAUUGUUCCAAAUAAUCAAUUAAAGGAUCUUAAAGAUUUAGUCACUCAGGCUAAAAUGUUCAUAUGCGGAGAUGUGGAAAUAGGACAUGUCCUGAUUAGCAAUAUGUUGACGUUUAUGAAAGAAAAUGGUGUGAAGAAUGCCCUUGAUCUAGCUGAAAAAGAACAUAGUGACCUUAUCACUGGCAAAUAUGAAGGAGGCCUAAAGAUUUGGGAGUGUACUUAUGAUUUAGUUGAUUAUUUAGAAGAAAAUAAAGAAACCAUUGAAUUUAAAAAUAAAAAAGUGUUGGACUUAGGUUGUGGUGCUGGUAUAUUGGGAAUAUAUGCCUUAGUAAAAGGAGCUCUCGUGACUUUUCAAGAUUAUAAUAAAGAAAUAAUUGAAUAUUCUACUAUACCAAAUGUUUUAUUAAACAUGGAAGAAGAGCAAAUAGAUCAAGAAACUAAAAGCAGUAAAUUUUACUCUGGCGACUGGGUGUCGUUUGACCAACUUCUUGAAGAAUCAGAAAAAUUUGAUAUAAUACUUACAUCAGAGACAUUGUAUAAUGUUAAAAAUUAUGAUAAGCUUAUUGCUUUAUUCCAACACAGGUUAAAAGAUGAAGGAAUAAUUUUUAUAGCUGCUAAAACAUAUUACUUUGGAGUUGGAGGUGGCAUGCGACAAUUCGAAACAGCCAUUAAAGAUACUUGCUUUAAGAGCGAAAUUGUAUGGAAAACAAGUAAUGGAAUACAAAGAGAAAUUUUAAAAAUAAAAAAGUCAUAAA